AUGGCACUGCUCGCAAGGCUGCUCGCAAGGCUGCUGCAUUUCGAGGAAGCUGUCCAGCACAACGACGACAUGCAGACAGAAGGCGAACACAUCGACGUCGAGGCAUCUCUCGCACCACGUCCAGAAAUGGUGUCAUGCGUCUACUGCAUGGAUGACCUUAAUAAGGACAAGGCAGUUCAUCUUCACUCCUGUGCGCACUACGCCUACCACGAUUGUACCCGUAGUCUAUUCAGCAACUUCCCCAACCCGGCGCGCUGCUGUCAGGAAGUGCCAGUAACCGCGACGAUUCGGGACGUACUGGGCCGCCAGACCGCGGCGGCUUAUCUCGCCAUACACUCGGAGCGAGCCCGCGAGAAUGCCGGGGACAUGCGCUGUGGUCACGAUGCCUGCAGGGCAUGGAUACCUAGCCACAAGAUUAUAGGAGAACUUGCGACCUGCCCGGCCUGCUCGGCUUCGAUGUGUCGACACUGUCGCAAGGAACCCCACGGUAACGGCGAAAGAUGCCCGGUCGAGGUGGAACUCCAGACACUGGCGAAGAGCAACGGUUGGGUCCAGUGUUCGAAAUGCCGUGUGCUUGUCGAGAAGAUCGACGGCUGCAACCACAUGAUCUGCAUGUGCGGUACCGAGUUCUGCUACAAAUGUGGCGAGCUGGACCCAGGCUGCGCAUGUGAGAGGCCAUUUCGAGCGAUGCCCCCAGCAGAUCAUGGUCCUCGGGAUUGGAUGGGAGAAGUACCACGAGGUUUUAUGGCCCGGGAGCACGGGCGGGACGUCAUGACCCUGGUAGAUCCGGACGAAGGAAGGCAGCGGUUGGAACUACAACGAGCUCUUAUGGCCCCGGAGCACCAGGGGGAACCCAUUUCCCUAGAACCACGACGAUGA